AUGUGCCCCAGGAGCAAUGGGGCGAAGGCGUACGUGCUCUUCGAUGCAGGAGGGACCCUGGACUCUAUCACACCCGAGUACGCGCGAGCCACGGGUACGAAAGUCCACGAGCUUGAAGACCCAGUUGACCUCCAACUGGGCACGGUGGGAUCGCGAUCGCGCAUAUCCUUUGGCACAUUUGUGGACAUUGUAAUGCCUGCGGGUCCCGUGUCCUCGUACGUGGACAUUGCGAAUAUCGACCGUUACGACGCGAUAUUGGGCAUACCGUUCAUGAAAUCGAACGGUAUUGUGCUGGAUAUCGCCGCCCGACGCGUCCUGUGUCGGGGCAAGGACAUCGCUGUCCUGGCCGAGGGGGAGGAAGGGAAGGAACGCCUGGCAGCAGUACGGGUGACGGGACUGCGGAGGAAAGGCGCACCUGAGGUUGAGGAAGUGGAAGACGAUGAAGGGAAGCAGACGAACGGAGCCCGCGAAUUGUGGGAUGCGGGCGUGGUAUUCAUGACGAACGAGGAGUACGAGGCGUUCGUUAAGGCGAAAGAAAACCCAGAAAAACCCAGAUUCUCACCACGGAGGAAAGAGACGGUUGAACCGGACGCGAAGCAGUGUCCGGAAGAACCAACGGACGACGAGAAAGGGCAGAGAGCACCAUCUUCGACGGGUGCGACGCAGGGCACGAAGUCUGCACCGGGUGAGCAGAUACGGGUUGAGGAAGACAUACUGUGGAAAGAGAGACCUGGAGCUCGCAAAAAGCGCAAGCCCCGGUCGAGAUGGGACCACCUUCGUAGCAAGGCGUGGUCGUACGCGCGAACAGAGCAUUUGCGCAAGCUAGACGAGGCGGCUUAUCAUAUCUUCGCACACCCUGUUGAGGAGAGACUGGCGCGAACCACUGAAGGAUCGGCACCCAUCGCCGAGGAAGAGACACGCAGGUACUUCGCAUGA